GAAGAAGGUGGAUCACGGAAGUUCAUUCCUCAAAGCGGAAGUGAAGGCCAAGGCCCGUCGACUGGAGACGCUUCGGACUGUUGGAGGGGAAUUUUUAUCUCAGACUGUCAACCAGAGAUUUGAGAGAGAACGAGAACGCCUGUCGCACCCCAAUCUUAAGGUUUAUUCAUCCAUCCAUCUUUCUUUCUCUUUCUUAACCUGAUUUUCUCUUUCUCUCUCUCUCUUUUUUCCUCCUUGAUCCUGUCCUCCUCUGGGCUCAGUUGAUCCUGGUUCAGGACCCUCUACCUUCUUCGAUUCAGUCAGCUUUCUUUUCUACUGUGUCCGGCCUGUCGGCAUGGCGGGGCGAGGUGGACCAGCGCGGACCAACGGUGCCGCCCCCGUCGGGAACAAAAUCUGUCAGUUUAAACUGGUGCUGCUGGGAGAGUCUGCAGUGGGCAAGUCCAGUCUGGUGUUGCGUUUCGUCAAAGGCCAGUUUCACGAGUACCAGGAGAGCACCAUUGGAGCUGCUUUUCUCACACAGACAGUCUGCCUGGAUGAUACAACAGUAAAGUUUGAGAUUUGGGACACAGCCGGGCAGGAACGAUACCACAGCCUGGCGCCUAUGUAUUACAGAGGUGCUCAGGCGGCCAUCGUCGUCUAUGACAUAACUAACACAGACACAUUUACUAGAGCAAAGAACUGGGUGAAGGAACUCCAGCGUCAGGCCAGUCCCAACAUCGUCAUCGCUUUGGCCGGCAAUAAGGCAGAUCUGGCUACCAAGAGAGCUGUUGACUUUCAGGAGGCACAGGCAUACGCAGAUGACAACAGUCUACUCUUCAUGGAGACUUCUGCGAAAACCGCCAUGAACGUGAAUGAGAUUUUCAUGGCUAUCGCCAAGAAGCUUCCGAAGAACGAACCACAGGGUGGAGCUGGGAGCGGAGGACGUGCUAGGGGAGGGGUUGACUUACAGGAGACAGCACCUCAAGGCAGAUCUGGCCAGUGCUGUGGAGGCGGGAACUAACCAUUGGACCAAUCAGCUGGCAGAUGCACCCAAGGACUGAUACAGACACACAAACACAAUAUGAACCCAUAGUGUGAAAUGCAUUCACUUAGCUCUUAAACUAUGGCCUGUUACACUGUAACAUACAGGCCGGCGGUUUCUGCUUCAGAACUGGAAAGGGGCCAUUGUUACCCAUUAACACCCUUAAUAUUUACACAGUUUUCCAUCUUAACAGUACACGCAUACUUGCAAAAUGAUACACACACACAGAAACUACGACAUGUGCCUGCCAUUUACGAUUUCCAGAGUCGAUCGAUUUCCCAUUCGAGUUCUGACAGAACAAAAAAAAUAUGGAAAAAUAAGAACAUCUGAUCAGUUCUAACCAAUCGCACUUAAAAGCUUUGGUCGUCUCUCUUUAUGAAAGAAUUUCCAAACUGCUGCUGGUGGGGAAACAAGUCGUCUCACUCUUGUAUUUCCUUAUCAUGAAAUUUGCUUGUGUUUGUAUAAAAAAAAUAUAUAGUGGUAAUGCCACUAUUUAAACUUGCUCUCCCAUUCGGUGGAUGCAUACUGCCAGUAUUGAGUUACACUUUAUUCUCUGGCUCCUCUUGGUCACAUCCUUCCUUUCUAGAGUAAUCAUGUCAGACGAAGAGGAUCAGAUCAGAGAACAAGAGAAAAGGCGAUUUUCCAUCUAUGUCCGGCUGUUCUAUAAAUUCUGUAUUAUUUUUAUUGUAUUAGUCUCUCAGACAUCCACUACUACAGCACAAAUGAAACCAGUAUAUGAUUUGAUAGGCUAGACCCUUUUUUCUAAUCAUUUACAUAUAUUUACUUGUAUAUCUGUAGUGCAUUAACAGGUGGUAUAACUCCAUUGUGUUGGUUUUUUGAACUUUGCAUUAAUGAAAUCAUUCAGACAUGGAAUAUAUGCAUAUGAAUGACACGAGGCAAAAUCAACCUCUGACCAAAACCACGAUUAUUGAAAGGGGAUGGGAUAAUGUUGUUUGUAUUUGUACUUUCCCCCCCUAAUUAUUUCCUGCAUAUAAGAUCUCAAUCAGUAACGAUUUCAUUUCGGCACCAUUUUAAAAUUUUUGUUUUCCUGAUGUUUUUGUACAUAUGCUCGAGUGCACUGGGUCUUUAUCCUGUCUGACUGUGUCACUUUUCACUCAAUAUUUUUCUGUCUAGUCCUUCCUGUUUCACUUUGAAGGACGUCUCCUACAACAGGCAUUUUUAGCAUCACCUGAUCUAGCACAACAAAUGUGAACAGUCAUCCUAAGCAGGGUUUAAAAAAUGUGAGAGAUAAUGGACAAAACAAAUUAAUGAAAAACAAACCUAAUAGAUCUUGUAAUUUUACCAAUAAAGGAGGGGAAUGUA